AUGUUAAGGAUCGCAAAGAACCUUGUUAAAACAUUCGAGCAAUCUGUGCAUGAUAUAUCGGGUGAUAGAUCACUUGAUGUGUACUUUCAAUCAAUUCCACCAAAUUUGCUGAUUCCCGGUAAUGAUACGAACACAUCGAUACACGGACUUAGGGUUGUGAAGUCGGAGGAGUCGCAGCUGCAGUUGCAGUCAUUUUUUGACUCCAUUGUGGGUAUUAACAACCAGCCGAUCCCAACGAUCACAAACCAGCAUGGCUUCCUAUACCCAGAUUACAACUCAAUUUUUAGAAUUUUGAACAAUAGCUGCGGCAACAGCGUCCAAUUCAACGUCUGGUCCGCCAAGGGCGGCUUCUACCGCGACGAGUAUAUCCAUAUAACGCCAAAGACUGCCGUCGAGGACGUCCCGCUCAACAACGAUGGUGAAGACUCCACUCACGUGAUCUUCGAAUCUCUGGGAUUCGCUGUGCAGUGGACACCAUUGAUCGCCUCGACCUACACUUACCACGUGCUUAAUAUCAACCUGGCGGAGGGUCCUGCACAGCUAGCGGGACUCGUUCCCGGCGAGGACUAUAUAAUCGGAUGCCAGGACGGCCUCCUAGCCACUGGCGGCGAAACUAUUCUCCAAGAUAUCGUCAGGUCACGUACCAAUCAGGACCUGGUACUAUAUGUCUACAACCUGGAGGUCGACUGUGUGAGGCCUGUAACGGUGCAUAUCGGGAGCGAUGGCCGCCUUGGGUGCGGGGUGGGGUACGGCUUCAUUCACCGCAUUCCUCCACCUAAAUCAAACUAUAAUUUUGAGGUAGGCCAAAAUUCCGAAGCCUUCAUUCCUGCUAGGGCGCUACAGUCGCAGCCCAUCGCAACUACUAAUGCACCACCUCAACAGCAUACUGCCCGCAAGAAAAAGCGGCAACCAAAUGCUCCCAACACGUCAAUUAUGCAAGAUUACUUCAAUGAAGGCAAAGAUGAAAGUCCCAGAAGGGCAUCACCAAGUACUCCUAUAGAACCACCGCGGCAGCAUAAGCCUCAAGAGUAG